AUGAGCUCCUUCGCGAACAAUGCCGGGAACUACCGAAACAGGACGCUGGGGGCGUCGGCCAAAUGUCAGAACAUAGGCCACAAGGUGAACUCGGUGGAGAACGGGCCCUCCGUUUUCUGCACGCUCUGCGCUCUACCGUAUAAUGCGAAAAUUAGACUGAACCCCUGUUUCCAUGUAAUCUGUAGCAAGUGUUACGACCUCUGUGCACAGCAGCAAACCUGUCUCCUAUGCAAUGUAGAAAUAAACGACGUGGAGUUUCUUUUCAUUGGAGAAAAUAUCUUUGUCUGUCCUUAUGGGGACUGCAAAAAGGGCUUCCUCAAUUUAAAGUGCUUCCAUUACCACAUGCAUUUCAAGCACCAGUUUUUAAACUCAGCCAAUUGUUACGCUGAAGAGAAAAGCAGCAGUGGCAUCCCAGAUCAUCAGAACGCAAGGGGAGAUGCUUUCUCCCUUCCAAGCAAUGAGCCUUUUCCCACCUCCUUUUUCCCAAACAGCGACGAAUUAAAUGGUUAUACCGCCACCCAUGCAGACGAUCAGGAGUUUACCUAUGACGCUGGAAAGAAUGACCAAAGUGGAAGUUCUACCAGCAUAAGCAUGAAUCAUACCACCAGUGUGAAUGCCUCACGUGGAGGUGCCCUCCCCCCGGCAAAGGAUACUCCCUUCAACGUGUGCAGUAACCCAAUUAGCAAUUUCCCAAUGGAGAGCAAAAACUUAAGUUUACAAAGUAUGGCUCUUGGUGGAGGUGCCCAGAGUAUGACCAUGAGCAUGAGCGCGAGCACGAAUGAGAAGAAUGCCUCUGGAGGAAACUUCCCUACCCCCAUGAUGCAGUUCACAGGCAAGUGGGAUUAUAGCAACGUGCCCUUCAAGUCAGAUUUUAAUACGUUUAAUGUGCCUCCAAGUAAUGAUCCCCCGAGCAACAACAACAACAACAACAACAACGCACUUGGGUCCAAUGGGAAGGAGAACAAGGAGGAGGACGACGACUACGACAAUCUGGAGGACCUCAUGUGA